AUGGACGAGGAAAAGCAGCAGCCUCCGUCCGACGUCGAGAUGAUCGAGCUGCGGAAAACCUCAGAAAUGGUGCAUGUGGACGGAUUUGAGGAUAUGAACGAGGACGACUACAAUUACCAUCUGAGUCACAAGGGCGGCCCGCCGUUCAUUGCCAGGACACGCACGCGCAAAGUUCUCAACUUUUUCAUCUACCACCGCUACGGCCAUCGCGUGCCGACGCUGCUCGAGUUGGCUUCGCUUGCCAUCAUUGCUAUCGGUAUCUACCAGCUCAUCUUUUACUUUCUGGCAAACUUUACUGCCCACAGCAGCGGCGCCUUCCCGUUCAGCGUGACGUAUGGUGCUCAAACCAAGGUCCGCAUGUUUGACAUCCAGCCAGGCGCCGGCAAUGUCGAUGUGAUGGCAACCCUGGUCAACAUUAGCUACGACGGGUCUGCAACAUCCCAAGUAAUAUGGGAGCCGUACAACGGACGCGACUCUGUCAACACAACAUCGCAGUACAAAGAAAACCUCACCGGGCUGGCAGUCGCUCGCGGCGUGAUUGUGACGGUCUGCUUGCUGCUCUUCUUCCUCAUCGACCUGAUCACCACCGUCAUUUUCCUGUACCAUACCUGGAGAGUGGCCAUUCGUCACUUCUUUCGAUGCGUUUGCUUCUGCUGCUGCAAAAAGAAGGAGAAGCACAUUCUGAAGCAGCGCCCAACCUACAUGCACCACUUUAUGCGCGUUGGCAUCCAGACGACGCUGCUCGGUAUUGCGCUGUACUUUGCCUGGACGUACCCGUCGGACUUGCUCGACAACCCCAUUCAUCGACAGAUUGUCUACGCCGAGAGAUCGCCGAAUUGUUACAGCCAGGUUCAACGACUGGUUGUGAUCGACCCGGCCGGCAUGUCUGCGUACGCGAAAGAGACGUCCAACAAUGGCGUCUCAACCAAGCUGCUUUUCGGCACUCUGCCGCAUGAAUGCCCCCUGACCCGCGAUCUGUGCAGCCCGGCUGAUCCCCUCAAUUGCAAUUACAACAUUUUCUCCACCAAUGCAGUCCAGCGCAGCAUUGUCGUCGAUUUGCAAAUCGAUUCGCUCGCGCUCGGUCUCCCAGCCUUGUUCAUUGACGUCUUUAUCACCGUCGUUACCUUUGUCAAAUUCCGAGACUGGAAGCGCAAGGUGCGCUACCACGAAUACACGGUCGGCGUGGCCAAGCUGGAGAUGCUCAACGAUCCUGCCACGGCGCGCAAGGUGUUCAACUUUGCCAUCCCGUAUCCCGCAGCCGCUGCCCAGGCAAUGGGCCACCCAGCGUACGUCGUCAACCAGUCGGCGCCUGCUUAUGUUGGCACCUACAAGUUCAUUCCCGGCGCGGUCAAGGCGUAUCGCGACAGCGUAGCAUUGGAGGCGAGCCAGCCACCACCGCCGCGCUACUCUCAGCUGGCAAUGUCCCAGUCCCAGUCGCUCAAGCCUUCCAUGCAGCCCACGCAAGGCUCCUCUAGUGUGGUUGGCCUCGGCCCUGCCGGCUCGCUGACCCGCAGCAAGUUGAUUGAGAGCGAGCGAGCAGCCGAGAGUGAGCGACAGGCCAAGCUUCAAGAAGAGCAGCAGAGGCUGCAUGAAAGGCAGCAGCAAGAAGCACAAGAGCAAAGGCAGCGCGAGCAGCAAGAGCAAGAGGCAGAGCUCGAGCGGCAAAGGCAGCAAGAAGAGCAGGAGGCAUUGCUCGAACGCGAGCGGAAGGAAGCCUUGGAGCAACAAGAGCAAGCACUGCGGGAGGCGGCCGAGGCGCAUCAGGCCGCGCUGGAGCAGCAACGUGCCCAGCAGGCCGCGUUGGAGCAGCAACAGCAGGAAGCGCAGCUUGUGCAGCAGCAGGAAGCGCAGCUUGUGCAACGGCCAUCCCUCAAUCCGCCAGAGAUUAUUCUGGAGGCAGUUGACGACGAUUCGGUACCAGAGCCGCAAGAGGACGUCCUCGAGACUGUUGAGCCUGCUCAGACAGUUGACCCGGUUGACCCGGUUGAGGUACCUGAGACUAUCGAGACACCCGAGACUGUCGAGACUGUUGAGUCAGUUGAUCCUGUCACUGUUCAGACGAUUGACGAGAACACGAGCUCGUCAUCGUCGUCGGAAACGACUUCUGCCGCGAUGCCAGACGACAUGCCUGUUAUCUCCGCUGACCAGGAUGUCAGCUCUGUCGAGGAGCAGCAGAAGGACGAGUAG